CAACAGAACCCCCGUACAAGUCCUCUAAGUCGCGCGGAUAAAUCUUGGCACCAAAUGAGAUAUAUUUUGUUUGGGAACAAGUGGUAGUGUAUGCGAUACCGGAGUAUGAUGAGGGUUAACUACUAGUACGCAGAAGCUUUCUACAGCGAUGACGCUUCGAGAACACUGCCGUGAAAAUUAGGGAGGUUCUAUUGCUACUACUAGUAGUACUUGCUAAACCGGUGGUCAUGAUGACCGGCGAGAACAACAUUGGGCCGUUAGGCCAGGACCUGGAAGGGGCUCCUGCUGGAACCGGUGACAAUGCCAGAGACGUGCUGGCACAGGACGAGGCCAUAGCCAUGGUCGGGGAGCAUGAGCACGCCCUCGACCCUGUCGUGGUUGCAGGGGCUGUCCGCAAAAUCGACUGGUUUCUGAUUCCUGCCAUGAUCUUUGGCUACGGCAUCGUCUACUAUGACAAGGCCAUCCUCGGCUCCGCCGUGCUCUUCGGCAUGACCACGGACCUGGACCUCACCGUGAUCGACCGCUCGACGGUGCCUCCCACGGUCGACACCUCGCGUCUCUCGUGGGCCACCUCGCUCUUCUACUUCGGCAUGCUCGCCGGGCUGUACCCCAUGUCGUUCGCGCUGCAGCGCUUCGACAUCGGGCGCGUGCUCGGCGGCAUCGUCGUCCUCUGGGGCGGCAUCUGCAUGCUCACGGCGGCCGUCACGUCGUACCGGGGGCUCUACGCGCAGCGCUUCUUCCUCGGCUUCGUCGAGAGCAUCGUGCCUACGGGCUUCAUGUGCAUCGUGUCGGGCUACUACACGCAGCAGGAGCAGUCGCUGCGCCAGAGCUGGUGGUUCAGCAGCACGGGCCUGUUUACAAUCAUCGGCGGCGCGCUCAACUACGGCUUCGCGCAGAUCUCGGGCGGCGGCCUGCGCAGCUGGCAGUACAUCUACCUGCUGGCCGGCGCCCUGACGGUGCUAUUUGGCGUGUUCUGCUUUGCCAUGCCCAACUCGCCCGUCACGGCGUGGUUCCUGACGCAGGAGGAGAGGUUUGCGGCGGUCGAGAGGCUGCGGCACAGCCAGACGGGGGUGCGCUGCACCAAGAUCAAGAUGUCGCAGGUUAAGGAGUCGCUGCUGGAUGUUAAGGUUUAUCUGAUCUUUAUCAUGAUGGCAUCCGCGUACACCAUGAACGGCGCCGUCAGCGGAUUCGGCCCGCUCAUCGUGUCGACGUUCGGCUGGAGCACGCUGCACUCGAUCCUCUUCCAGUUCCCGCUCGGCGGCCUCUGCUUCGUCGUGAUCCUCGCGACGGGCUGGCUGGGGUCGCGGAUCCCCAACAUCCGCCUGGCCAUGCUCGUGCUGACCUGCCUGCCCGUCAUCGCGGGCUGCGCGCUCAUCUGGAAGAGCGAGUGGACGUACCGGGCCGCCGCGCCCGUGGUCGGCUACUCCAUCACCGGCUUCUUCGGCGGCACCGUCAGCCUCAUCAUCACCGUCGGCAUGUCCAACGUGGCCGGGCACACCAAGAAGAGCUUCAUGGCCGCCACCAUCUUCGCCGCCUACUGCGUCGGCAACAUCGUCGGCCCGCAGCUGGUCAAGUCGCAGACCCGCCCGCAGCACUACCCGGAGCUGUGGCUGGGGCUGAUCAUCUGCUAUAUCAUCUGCAUUGCCGCCUCGGCAGCGCUUUAUGUCGUCCUGCAGGCGGCGAACAAGAAGAAGGCGGCUGCUGUGGCAGAGGACGAGGUGGAGCGCGCGAAGCUGGCGUUUCAGGACUUGACCGACAUGGAGAACCCCUACUUCAGAUACGUGCUAUAAUGAUCGAUUGUUAGAUAUUAAACAACACCGGUGUUCGGUAAUCGAGUAGCUAUUUU